AUGGGUAGAGAACUUCAACGGUGCCUUGGUUCAAUUACAAACGAGCAAAGAAAGGUUUAUGAUGUAGUUAUGGAUGUUAUAUCCAAUGACCGUGGUGGAAUGUUCUUUCUAUAUGGCCAUGGUGGAACGGGAAAGAUGUUUCUGUGGAAAACUCUUUCGCUGCAGUUCGUUCCAAGGGAGAGAUUAACAACUCAUUCUCAAUUCGAACUACCCAUAAAUGUACACGAGAGUUCCACCUGGAGCAUAUCGCAACAAAGUCCACAGACGGAGUUGCUCAUAAGGGCAAAGCUUAUUAUAUGGGACGAGGCUCCUAUGAUGUGUAUAUACUGUUUUGAAGCGCUUGACAAGAUAAUGAAGUCAAUAUUACGGGGUGACAAACUCUUUGGUGGUAAGGUGGUUGUUCUUGGAGGAGAUUUUAGGCAGAUAUUACCAGUUUUGCUCAAAGCAUCAAGGCAGGACAUAGUACAUGCUACGAUAAACUCCUCUCCGAUGUGGAAUUUCUGUCGUGUCAUGAAGUUGACUAAGAACAUGAGAUUGGAGUCAUGCUCUUCUCCAUCUAACGUGGAUGAGGUAAAAGAAUUUGAAGACUGGAUACUGAAGGUUGGUAAUGAGGAUGUUGGGGAACAAAAUAAUGGUAAAGCUUCGAUAGAGAUUCCCGAUGACAUGUUGAUUGGUGAUUCAGAAGAUCCAUUCAGAGACCUACUGGAAUUCGUUUACUCGGAUUUGUUGAGUAACAUGUAUGAUCCAGAUUAUUUUCAAGGGAGGGCAAUUCUUGCACCAACUAAUGAAUGCGUCGAGUGUGUGAACAAUCACUUAAUGUAUCUCCUUCCAGGAGAGAAGAAGGUGUACAUGAGCUCAGAUAGUAUGUGCAGGGACGAGCAAACAGUGGAGGAUAAUGCAGAAAUUUAUUCGACUGAAUUUCUCAACACAAUAAGAUGCUCCUGA